AUGAAGACCUCUGCCUUGCUCGCUAUCCUUCCCGCCUUCGUGGCCGCCAGCCCCGUCGUCGUUCCUACCAAUGCCGCUGGUCCCGACCCAGGCACCGUCCGCAUCCGGGGUGUCACCUAUGGCGGGUCCGGCUGCCCUCAGGGCAGCAUGAGCGCCCAGCUCUCGUCCGAUCAGACUCUCGUCACGUUGAUCUUCGAUGAGUACCAAGCCUCCAUCGGCCCCGACGUUGCCGUCAACGAUCAGCGCAAGAACUGCCAGCUGAACUUCGCCCUCACUUACCCCGGCGGCUUCCAGUACUCCGUCUUCAGCGCCGAUUAUCGCGGAUACGCUGAUCUCGAUGCCGGUGUCAGCGGCACCCUGAAGUCCACCUACUACUUCUCCGGCCAGCCGACUCAGACUUCCACUGAGACCAUCUUCACCGGCCCCCUCAACGGAGACUACCUGAAGAGCGACGAGGUCGAUCAGGUCUCCCUGGUCUGGUCUCCUUGCGGAGCCGAGGGCCUGCUCAACAUCAACUCCCAAGUCCGCCUUACCUCCAGCAACCGCAACGCCAAGGGUCUGCUCACCACCGAUUCCAUCGAUGCCAAGUUUGAACAGAAGGUUCGCGUCCGAUGGCGAACUUGCAAGUAA